AUUUUCUGCCAUGUAAAUAAAAGUUCGCAAAGCGUCUGGUAUCUAGGGGACCAAACCGAGGCUAGCUAUACACACUACUGGUAUACACUCUUGCGAAGAUUUAUCAGCUCACUCGCACAUGUAAACUUGUUUGCAGUGUUGUGGGUGUUCUGUUUUGCCGGUAUACCACGGGUACAUACCACCGACUCCUGAUUAAAUAUUAGGUGAUUGUGUGAAGUUGUGACAAGUUUGCGGAACAUUUGUCAGGAUUGUUGUAUGUGUGCUACCUUGGAAGAAAACAGUAUAUACUGGGUCCAUUUGUGAUCCCUGCUUUGAAGUUGCAGAAUACCGGUUGACGUUAUAUUAUAUCAGGGAGUAAUAACACCUUCGUUCAAAUAGGUUGCAUUAUUGGAUUAUACCGGUAAAGGGCACACUGCGGUUUCUCAUUCGAUUCGGUGCUGGUCCAAUAUCUUCUUUGAAGACAUUACAUUAUCCUGUUGCAGUGAUGACGGUGAAAAUUAUGUUCAGGUGAUGCCGAUAAUAAUCACGACUAUGAGCCUUUGUAAAGUAUUUAUGAUGUAACACAUCGAGGCGACUUAAUUGGAGAGUAACUCUAGACAAGGACUUCAUUAACAUUAUGCCGGUCGCAAAAAACAAAUCCAAAACGAAGAAGGGUGACGAUGGAAAGGCCAAGGAGAAGAAAAAGGAAGGGACAACUCCGACACCGAACCAAGAUAAUAUUAGUCCUUCGGUCCAAGAAUGUCGUCAGAUACUUGUCAUGUACACCAAUCCUCUUGCCAACACCGUGAUGGCUUAUGACAUGAUUAGACAUCUCCUUGAGAAGGUUGUCAUUGACGGCGAUAAAGCUCGUUUUAUCAGGCGGAUGGGGAAGGGGGAUAACCCUGAGACGAAUAGACAAAUCUUAGCUGAGCUUGGAACCAGAGGGGUGAGGGAGUUCGAGGUGUACGUCGAAGGGAUUCGGCAACAAGGAUUCAGUCUCCUGGCGGACCUCCUAGAGCAAAAACACUUCUCAAAACUCAUUAACUCUCUUGAUCCAAUCGCCAAGAGACUCGGACACCAUUGGAAGAGGGUGGCGCUAGAGUUGGGGACAGCCGGCUUUAUCACGAAGAUUGAGAACAAGUACGCGAAGGUACGGGAGCAAGCAUUAUACAGUCUCCUCAUAUGGGAAGAAACAUCUGGGGUUGCGGCUACGGAGAAGAGAUUACUUGAUGCCCUAGACUACUGUUCAAUGAAAAAUACAAUAGCAUGUGUCUGGGGGACGAAAAAGAAAAAGAAAGGCAAAAAGAAAGGAAAAGGAAAAAAGAAGAAAUAAACUGCUCAAUCGAAGGAAACCAGAGUUUCGAACGAACUUGCCAAAGUUGGCACUGAUGACGUCAUCUUAUCACGUGCCUCGUACCUGUCCUAUGGAUAUGUGGUUUUUAUAUUACGUGUGUGCCGGAAUACGCGAGCUUUCUGAGCAAAAAACUUUUUGAAAUUGAAAACUCUCCAUUUAAGUUUUGUCCACCGCUUCUCGAUGAAAGAGACGACUAGAACAUUAUGCCUCUUAUCUAUCAUGUUUAAAUGAUCACGUGCUAAUAUCAGCUUUAGAUAUUUUAUUGAAUAUUGGUAUGUACAUGGAGGAAGGGAUGCAUCUGGAUAUCUUUGCGAUUUUUCAGACUUUUCAAUGACUUAUGUUCAUUCUUCGAGCUUCUUCCGAUCGUGAUUGGUUUUGACUUCAUCGCACCAGGGGAAACUUCUCGUUGAUUGACGGAGUGUAUGACAGGUGUGAUUUGAAAGACUUCCAUGAUGUUGUUAAGUCACCAUCAACUUCGUCAUCAGUAAGAAAGAAAAAAAUCACGUUCAGUGGCUUAAUAUCUGUUCAUCAUCUUCAUCGCUAUCUGCAUUGUCGCUCUUUCUCUUUGACGAAUAUGUGACAUCUUACAAUAUCGGAAUUAUGAUAUGUCUUUUGUUCGUUUUUAUUACAGGACGAUCAUGAUAUUUUAUAAAUUGGAAGGUUAUUUACGUUAGAUAAGACCAGAUCAUGACAAGUAAAUGUUUCACGUUGAUUGCAACUUAUUCUGAAAACCCAAUUCAUGCAUUAAGCGGCAUGUAUUAACUGGUGAUUCUAUAAAUGAUGAAGACACGACCAUAUUUGACUGAGGGAGGGAGGUUUAAAAAGGAAGUAAGAAUAAUUGUGCAUGUAUUUGAACUGAUUCUCGAAUCGGUCAUGUCGGUAGCAGUGGUAUCCUAUGAUAUAAAAUACAUAUUUUGAUUUUGAAAAAGUGUCAGUUGCGUUUAUUGUGUUUUGAUAUCGUCGAAGAUAUGAAUCUGUAUUUUCAAUUAUCAUCUGCAUUUGACAAACCAGCUAGGUAAACUGAUAGACCAACCCUAUUUAUGUGAAAUACUGGUUUUAAGGUAUAAUGUUCGUAUUCGGAAGUACUCAAUUUUUAUCGGAAAAGUAGAUUCUUACAAAUGCAACCAGUUUAUAUAGCCAUGUUUUUAUUUAAAUUCUUAAUUUUACAUUGAAUGUAGGAUACCAACAUCAUUAUGACACUAUUAAUAUUUCUGCUGUUGUAAUACGUUUUCAAAGUAAAUUUUGUUGAGGCCCAGUUAUAGCUAGCAUCAGAAUGUCAGGGGUUUUUUCAGGGUAAUAAUAUCCAAGUCCUUUGUAAGCGCAGAGAGACGUUAUGACAUGAUGUGAUAUGCGCUCUACAAGAACUGCGUUAUUAUUAUUUAUUUUUUUAAUUAUUUUAAUUAUUAUUUAUUAUUUUGUUUGGCGUCACCUGUGCCUGGGAGGCGAAAAGCGAACUGAAUCACUAUGACCCGCAGGUCUCUCCUCCCGAUAUAACUGAUUGGGGGAAUGCAGGUGGACCACUACACCGGGGUUUCCCCCUACUCUUAUACGAAUAGUGCAGUGGGUUCUUAACGUGCAAAGGUGGUGACUCCUCUACACGGGGCCUCCAUAUAACGUCCUAUCCGAAAUUUUAAUUGAUAUUCAUAUGUUUUUGAAAUCAUAUAAAUAAAGAUAUAGCAUUUCUAGGCCAUUAGAUGUAUUGAUGUUAGAUGCUGCAGAGGUUUUAUCGGAAGAACUUGAUAUGUUGAACUUAUAUGAAUACACCAGAUGGAUAAUAAACCAUGUGCAAUACAGUGCAAAUAUUAUUUCGAAGAACAAAUCGGGGUUACUUUAAUUACCGUGAUUAAAAGUCUGUUCGUCUCUCCGUCUACUUUAAUAUAGAGUUCUUCAAGAGAUGCUCUGCUAGUAUGAAAACUAAAAGAUGGUUUAUUAUAAUCGUAAUUAUUCAUGCCUAUUUCAUUAAUUGGUUUGUAUACCGUUUAUGACGUUGGUGAUUGACAACAGUGAUUAAAGCACAGCUUGAACAAAAUUAGUUACUUGAAGAAAGAAAGUCGAUCUCGGAUAAUUAUGGAUUUUAACUUAAUGUAGAUGGUGUAUCGUUAAAAACGUUAAAUUUAGUCCAAUUAAGUAAAUCAUUGUCAGUAAUGAUGUAGAUCAAAUGUAGAAAUAAUAAUUGAUGUUGUUUUUAUUAGGAGUUAGUGCAUAAUUAUUAUGAUGAUAUCCAUAAUAGUAAUUUGUUUGAUUUUUAGGUAUAUUGUAAAGCAUUACGUUGUGUGCGUCUCGCUCAACAAAACUACAUGCAAGCCAAAAGUAAUGUUGAAAAUGAAAUAUAUUUUUAGGAUAAUGUAAAGUAAUUAUGUAAUAAGUGUGCCUUAUACAACCAUGUGUGGGUAAUGAAUGCACUUCAUGUAGUAAAUACUAUUUGUCAAUUAUA